CGUGGACUGUGCACGCGUGUUUGUUCAGUAAUACUCGGGCCGGCAAAAGUUUCGAACUUUCGUAGAGUUUUUGUUUGGUUCUAUCGUGUUUUGUUAUGAGAAUUGAGGUUUAAGGAUUGUUAGUGUUUCGUCUGGGAUUUUUAGGAUGUGUUUUAUAAGAUGGUGAAUUUUCGAUAUGAGGGAGCCGCUGCCCGCCGAUCACUAAGUAAAUGGUGAGACAAGAGCUCUGAUGCCACCAUGAGCGGGAAACGUGGACCCUUCCGGAGUUUUGCUAUCAGCCUUAUACAAAUCAUCACGAUCAUAUGCCAAGUUUUAACAGAAGAGCCAAGGUUCGCGGAGCCGAUACCUAACGUGACGGUGGCGCUUGGCCGUGAUGCAAGUCUGCCAUGCGUCGUCGAACACCUUGGCACGUACAAAGUGGCCUGGAUUCAUAUAGACAGACAGAUGAUCCUGACGAUUCAUCGUCACGUGAUCACCCGACUCGCUCGGUUCAGUGUGUCGCACGACAAUGCCAUGACUUGGCUACUCCACGUUAGCCAAGUCCAGCAAGAAGAUCGCGGGUAUUACAUGUGUCAAGUGAAUACUAAUCCGAUGAUCAGCCAAGUUGGAUAUUUGCAAGUCGUAGUGCCACCGAAUAUACUGGACGAAGAAAGUACACAAUCAGCGGUAGCCGUCAGAGAGAAUCAAAAUAUUAGCCUAGUAUGCAAAGCUGAUGGUUUUCCGACACCAAAGAUAAUGUGGCGAAGAGAGGAUGGUCAGCCCAUAUCCGUGGACAAAAGGAAGAAAGUAACAGUAUAUGAAGGCGACACAUUAAGCUUACAACGGAUCAGUCGCACGGAAAUGGGAGCCUACCUCUGCAUCGCCACUAACGCGGUACCACCUUCCGUGUCCAAGAGGAUCAUUGUUGAUGUCGAAUUCUCACCAAUGAUUUGGGUACCAAACCAGCUGGUGGGUGCUCCAGCUGGAACCGACGUCACCGUGGACUGCCACACGGAAGCCCAUCCACGUGCCAUCUCCUACUGGGUGUACGACAAUGUCAUGGUACUCCCAACUAAGAAAUACGCUAUAAAUACUGAAGAAAACUCUUACAGAGCACAUAUGAAACUCACUGUGCGGAACCUUCAGACCGGCGAUUUCGGCAAUUACAGGUGCAUCUCGAAGAACUCGCUCGGAGAAACCGAAGGCUCCAUUCGACUUUAUGAAAUACCGAUGCCUUCAACGUCACCGAAAGCAACUGAGAUGAAAAGCAAUGCUAAUAAAGAAAUCACACCAGCUCAUAAACCGCGUGGCGUUGCAGCAACGCGUCGCAUGAACGCGAGCCGCGCGGUGCAGCGUGACGCGGUGACAGAGCGGCCGAGCGUGGUGCGCGCGCAGCUCGACCGCGCUCCGGACCGCGCGCACGUCUACCGCGCACCGCACCCGCACCACGCCUCAGGCUCAAGAAGUCUUCAGUGCUGGCGGCAAUCGUUCUUAGCCAUCGUAGUCUUGGUUCAUAUAGAUUUAUUGUCAGAUAUUUUUAUUUGUUUCUAAAUGAAAUACAAACUUUGUAGAUAUGUAUGUUAUAUCUUUCAUUAUAAUUUAAGUUGGCAAUACCAUAAUGUAUUUCUCAAACUUGAAUAUGAUAGUACCAUUGUAGUACGAUUCGUUUAACCGUUCUGAUAGUUGCCAUUUUUUUUUUGGAUUUAAUAAAUUAACAUAUCAUGCAAUACUAGCGUCAUAUCCUUCUUUGAUAUUGAGAGUGAGAAUUUUAUAUUUGUAUGGAGGUUUUUUAACCGCUAGCCGAAAUAAUAAUACGAUUAGCAUUUAAGGAAUGGAAACCUUUCUCGACUUGUACUUCCACAUAUCUUCCCUGCCAAUAUAUUUUGGAUUUCUAUUAAUUUUUACCAAAACAUUUUUGUACUCUUUAACCAAAUAAAAAUGUGAAUUAGAUUUAUAAUCAAGUGCUUUCUCGUCACUAAGACCGGCACAAUUAAUUUCAAUUGAAUCCAUACCAUCAUGGUUUAGUACUUUGGAUAGUUUAAAAUGUUAUUGUAAUAUUAUUCAUGAUUCGGGUUAACCUCUCCAUUCCCGUCUCCAAUUUACAUUUUAUACCCAAUGUACUGGCAUGCAUUACGUAUUUCGAUACCUAGAUUAGAUAAAUUUAUAUCGUAUUCAUUGUGGUGCCAUGCUUCGCGUGUUGUUGUAACAAUGUGCCAAAGAUAUUUAAUACCUAAUUUUAUUUCAGUAGAUUAAAAGUUUUAUUUGAAAAUACGUAAUUAUCGAAUUUUAAAUCGACAUCGGAUGUAUUAUUUUUUAAUAUUAUUGUGAUUAGUUGAAGACAAGUGCUCACAUUAACCUUUAAAGACUCGAAAAAUUAAUUAUUAUAGAUUCUAAUAUACUCAUUUAAUAACAACAACUAUGUGAAGAUUCAAUAUACAUUUUUUUUAUGUGGACGCUUGUCUUUAGUAUAAACUUCGGCUUGCCCCUCACGCUUAAAUAAUUGUAAAUAAUAAUUUAAUUGAUCACUGCACAUAAGGAUACAUUUUAAUGUUUAAAUAAUGAUAAAAAAUAAAUUGUUAACCUAAAAUAGAUUAUGUACCUAUGAAUGUAUAAAUAUGUAUCUUUUAUUAUGAAUAAGAGAUAUAUCCCUAGGUUAAAUUUAUCUUUACAAAACCUUUAUUGUACAGACUAA